GGCGGCGGGCGGGCUGGCUGCUGGCUGGCGGGCGACGGGCCGCGGUGGCGCGGUGUCCCGGCUGCGCAACCAGCCUCGGGCCAUGGCCGCCUCUCCGGGCCCCACCGCCGUUUGCGGCGCCGGGGCAGUGCCUGGCUCCGGCCCGUCGGGCUUCGCCUUGGACUCGGGACUGGAGAUCAAAACUCGCUCGGUGGAGCAGACGCUGCUCCCCCUGGUUUCUCAGAUCACCACACUUAUCAAUCAUAAAGAUAAUACCAAAAAGUCUGACAAAACUCUACAAGCAAUUCAGCGUGUAGGACAAGCUGUCAACCUGGCAGUUGGAAGAUUUGUUAAAGUAGGGGAAGCUAUAGCCAAUGAAAACCGGGAUUUGAAAGAAGAAAUAAAUAUUGCCUGUAUUGAAGCUAAACAAGCAGGAGAAACAAUUGCAGCCCUUACAGAUGUAAGCAGCUUGAAUCAUCCAGAAACGGAUGGCCAGAUCACAAUUUUUACAGACAAAACAGGCGUUAUAAAGGCUGCAAGAUUGCUUCUUUCUUCAGUAACAAAAGUGUUGUUGCUGGCAGACCGGGUAGUCAUUAAGCAGAUAAUCACAUCAAGAAAUAAGGUCCUUGCAACUAUGGAAAGACUAGAGAAAGUGAAUAGCUUUCAAGAAUUUGUCCAGAUAUUCAGUCAAUUUGGAAAUGAAAUGGUGGAGUUUGCACAUCUAACUGGAGAUAGACAAAACGAUUUGAAAGAUGAAAAGAAAAAGGCAAAAAUGGCAGCAGCUAGGGCAGUUCUGGAAAAGUGUACAAUGAUGCUUCUCACAGCUUCAAAGACAUGUCUCAGGCAUCCCAAUUGUGAAUCAGCCCAUAAAAACAAGGAUGGUGUUUUUGACCGCAUGAAAGUGGCAUUGGAUAAGGUCAUUGAAAUUGUGACUGACUGCAAAUCAAAUGGAGAGACUGACUUUUCAUCUGUCAGUAUUUUUACUGGCAUUAAAGAAUUUAAGAGGAAUAUUGAAAGUCUUCGGGAGAACCUAAAUUUCCAGUCAAAAGAGAAUCUGUCUAUGAUGCUGGAUGUCCUCUUGGAGCGUACAGAAGACUUCACUGAUUAUGCCUACACCAGCCAUGAACACAGGGAACGCAUCUUGGAACUGUCCACACAGGCGCGGAUGUCACUGCAGCAGUUAAUUUCUGUGUGGAUUCAGGCUCAAAGCAUGAAAACAAAAAGCAUUGCUGAAGAACUGGAACUUACUAUUUUGAAAAUCAUCCAUAGCCUCAACGAACUUAAGAAAGAACUUCAUAAUACAGCAACUCAGCUGGCAGCUGAUCUCUUAAAAUACCACACCGAUCACGUGACUCUAAAAGCAUUAAAACUUAUUGGCGUAGAAGGAAAUAUAGAUGGUUUGACUGAAUAUACCUGCAAACUCUCGGAGCAGAAAGAGCAGCUUGUUGAGACCUGUCGACUGUUACGUCACGUGUCUGGGACAGAACCUCUUGAAAUUACCUGUCUACAUGCAGAGGAGACAUUCCAGGUCACUGGCCAACAGAUAAUUUCUGCUGCUGAAACAUUGACAUUGCAUCCUUCUAGUAAAAUCGCUAAAGAAAACCUAGAUGUAUUUUGUGAAGCUUGGGAAUCCCAAAUUAGUGACAUGUCACCACUGCUAAGAGAAAUCAAAGAUGUGUUUGAAGGAAGACGAGGAGAGAAGUAUGGCUACCUUUCACUUCCAAAGUCAAUGAAGAAUAAUGCAAACCUAAAAUCACUAAAGACAGACAAGCCUGACUCUGAGGAACAGGCCAAAGUAGCAAAGCUUGGACUGAAGCUGGGUCUGCUCACUUCUGAUGCCAAUUGCGAGAUUGAGAAGUGGGAGGAUCAGGAGAAUGAGAUUGUUCGAUGUGGACGGAACAUGUCCAGUGUGGCCUAUUCGCUGUAUUUAUUCACUAGGGGAGAGGGGCCACUGAAAACUUCCCAGGAUUUAAUUCAUCAACUAGAGGUUUUUGCUGAAGAGGGCUUAAAGCUUGCCUCAAGUGUACAAGCUUUCUCAAAACAGCUGAAAGAUGACGACAAGCUUAUGCUUCUCCUGGAAAUAAACAAGCUAACUCCUCUAUGCCACCAGCUCCAGACAAUAACUAAGACACCUUUGCAGAAUCAGGUGUUUCUGAAGGUUGAUAAGUGUAUUACAAAGACAAGAUCCAUGAUGGCUAUCUUGGUCCAACUUCUUUCACUUUGCUAUAAACUACUGAAGAAGCUUCAGGUGGAAAACAGCAGAUGGGUCUCAGUUACCAACAAAGAUUCCGUGGAUGGUAAAACUUGAGAGCCUUUUGGUGUCAGAUCUUUGAACAUCAUGUGGCAAAGCUGACAUUUUUAGAAAGCAAGUUUUCUUUGUGUUUUCAGAAAUUCAACAGUUUUAUAAAGAAGACAAAUCUGAAAUCAUCCUAUAUUUUCUGAUCAUGAAACCAAUUGUAAAACUAUUUGACAACUAAUAAAUGACAUGAUAGUUGUUAGAA